AUGGCGGAACCAUGCCGACUGUUGGUUGGCCAGUGCCACGAGUGCGCCGGCCGUGACACCGGCGACGGCCGCAGCUUGGAGUCCCCGGCUGGCCGACUACAAGACGGACUUUUAACCGCUUUUGGCACGGUCCCGUUCCUCCUCGACGACGGCGAGCCCGUGUACGAGUCGACCAUCAUCUCGCAGUACAUUGACGCCAAAGUCAACGGCGGAAAGCUCUACUGCGCCGACGCCCCGCGCCUCGCCGCCCUCGCCCAGCUGGCAGUCGCCAAGUUUGAGCCGAGCCGGUUCUACGCCAUCUUGCACAACAGCGAUGACGCCAAGAUGCCGGCGCUGGAGGCCGAGAUGCGCGCGUCGCUCCAAGGCCUCGAGCGCAUCUACCGCGAGCACGCGGCCGCGUUCCGGGCCAAGGGUCCGUACCUGCUGGGCGACCGCUUUAGCAGCGCCGAGAUCAACAUCAUGACGUUCCUCUUCCGGUUUGACAUUCUGCUGCAGCACUACCGCCACGUGCGCGUGCUUGGCGACGACAUUCCGCUGCUCUCGGCUGCGCUGGAGGCGUCGGUGGCGCGGCCGGCGUUCGCCUUGACAGCGCGCGACGCCGACUUUUACAUUCGCGGGUUUGCCCACCACAUCGAGUAG